AAACAUGAAACAACAUAAACCUGAUCGUGAGUGAAACGCAAGCUCCUUGUGAAACGAGAAGGGAGCUUGUGUAAUUUAGUGAUUUAGUAUCCAAGACAAUCCAAGCACAUGCUUCACUUCGUUCUCGUUUCUGUCAGUUCCUUUGGUUGCCUCGGUUCCUUCAUACUUCGGCGGCGUGCUACCGUCUUGUCAGCGAGGGGCGUCAUGUACCAGCAGGAGAGGCACCGGGGAAGAGGGAGAGGAGGCAGGGGCAGGGGCAGAGGCCGGGGUUCGGGAUGGAGGGGGGCAGGGCAAAGUGACCAGGGUCGGGGGCCUCCGCGCGGCCCUGGUAGAAGCUACCCCGCUGGUCUCAGGGGAAAGGAGAUCGGCCUCUUCUUUGCACGAAAGAACAGUGCUCAGAACAAGUGGGCUCAGAAGAACCAAAGGGUUGCCCUGUCUAUCGAUCCCGAGAGCCAGCAGGAGUUGAGGCACAUCAUCCGGGGCAUCCGCAGCGAGGAGGGCGAGGGCCACGAGCGGAUCGACGCCAUCAACAGCGUGGCACUGGACUAUCUGGAAGGCCACGGGUCCGGCAGCAGUUCGGCAUGGGGCAGUCCGGGGCACGUCACCGGCGCGGGGCUGACUCGUAAUCCGACUCUGGACGAGAGGUUCCGUAAGGACCUGGAGGUCAAAGCCGGGUCGGCCGACUUCAAGAAGAUGCUGGAGUUUCGGAAGUUGCUGCCGGCCUACAAGAUGAAGCAGCAAAUAGUGGACUUGAUUGAAAGCAACCAGGUGGUGGUGAUCAGCGGAGAGACGGGCUCCGGGAAGACGACCCAGAUUCCACAGUUCAUACUGGACACCUACAUCAACGAGGGGAGAGGGUCCACAUGUCGUGUCAUCUGCACCCAACCCAGACGAAUCAGCGCCAUAACGGUGGCAGAGAGAGUGGCAGCCGAGAGAGGGGAGCGGUGCGGCGACGCGUCUGCGGGAUAUCAGAUCAGGCUGGAAUGCAGAUUGCCCCGAGACCGAGGCUCCAUCCUCUUCUGCACGACGGGAAUCCUUCUGCAGCAGUUGCAGAGUGAUCCCUACAUUGCGAGUGCAUCGCAUGUGAUCCUGGACGAGGUGCAUGAGCGGGACCUGCAGACGGACUUCCUGGCCAUUGUUUUAAAGGACCUGCUCACGGUGCGUCCUGACCUCCGGGUGGUCCUCAUGAGCGCCACCAUCAACGCCGACCUCUUCUCCCGCUACUUCGGUAACUGCCCCAUGCUGGAGAUUCCGGGCAUCGCUUAUCCGGUGGAAGUGCACUACCUGGAAGAUGUCCUUGAAUUCACCAGGUACCGAGGCAACAGCGGUUUUGAGGGCAGGAGUCAAGUGCGUCGGAGAGACCAGGGGAGGUUUCAAGAUGCCAUGAACGAACAGAUGCCGUUUCUGCGCAGUUUGGAAGGAAGGUAUUCGGACAGCACCCUAAACACUUUGGCGGAGUGGAACGAAGAGCGCAUCGACCUGGACCUGGUUCACGAGCUGGUCCGGCACAUCUGCUCCACAAAGGGGGAAGGAGCGAUCCUCAUCUUCCUGCCUGGUUGGGAGCAGAUCAGUGAUCUCAACAAGUUCCUGACCAAUGAUCCACAUUUGAGAGGCUCGUCCCUGGUGAUUCCCUUGCACUCAAUGAUGCCCACGGUGAACCAACGACGGGUCUUUGAUAGGCCGCCCCAGGGUAUUCGCAAGAUAGUGCUGGCCACCAACAUAGCAGAAACGAGCAUCACCAUCAAUGACGUUGUGUACGUGAUUGAUUGCGGCAAGAUCAAGAUGUCCAACUUCGAUGUGGGACGGAAUCUGGCCACCCUCGAUGCCGAAUGGGUGGCCGUGGCCAACGCCCAACAGCGCAAGGGUAGGGCCGGGAGGGUGCAACCCGGGGUCUGCUACCGCCUCUACACCUCGUGGAGGGAGUCUCAGCUGGAGGCGUACCAGCUGCCCGAGAUGCUCCGCACCAGGCUGGAGAGCCUCGUCCUCAAGAUCAAGAUCCUCAAAUUGGGAAAGGCCGAGACUUUUCUUCAAAAAGCUAUCAACCCGCCCUCCCCUGAAGCGUUGUUUCUUUCCAUUCAGUUUCUGCAAACACUGAAGGCGCUGGACGAGGGGGAGGGCCUGACCCCGUUGGGGUACCACCUGGCCAAGCUGCCCCUGGAGCCGCAGACAGGCAAGAUGAUCAUCAUGGCGUCCAUAUUUUCCUGCCUGGACCCCAUCCUCACGGUGGCCGCCAGCCUCAGCUUCAAGGACGCCUUCGUGGUGCCUCUGGGAAAAGAGAAGCUGGUGGAUGAAGUCAAGGGGCGCUUUGCCGGGGACACCAAGAGCGACCACAUGAUGCUCAUUCGUGUUUUUGAGCAAUGGGAGGAAGCGGUUCAUCACCGCAAUGAUGACAGCUUCUGCUUUGAGAACUUCCUUUCCAAGAACACACUGAAGAUGCUGUCCAAGAUGCGGCAGCAGUUUGCCCAGUACCUGCAAGAGCUCAACUUCAUCAGCACCCAAAAUGUGAAAGACAGGGCCCUGAAUCAGAACUCUGACAACUUGAGGGUCCUCCAGGCGGUCAUCUGUGCCGGCCUCUACCCCAACGUUGCCAAGGGGAUGUUCGGGAAGCACCUCAGGCUGAAACGGUACUCGACCAAGACAGACCGGAGGGUGGAGCUGCACCCCAAGUCGGUCAAUGCCAACAUCAAAGUGUUCGACACCCAGUGGUUCGUCUACUACACCAAAAUACGCUCUUCCAAGGUCUAUCUGCACGACGUCACACCCGUGUACCCCAUCCCCUUGAUACUUUUUGGAGGCUCCUUCAAGCGCAGGGAACACGUCAUCACCCUGGAUGGCUGGAUAACCAUUGACUGCGACGACGAACUCUCGGGCCUUGUGGAGAGCGUGCGGGAGGAGUUCGAUCGCAUCCUGGAGAAGAAGAUCUGCACCCCCGGAGUGAAGGCCGGCUGCAUCUCGGGGAAGCAGCACGAGCUCCUGGACACCAUCAUCCGCAUUCUGUCCGUCGAAACCACCUUCAUCCCGGAGAUGCCCGAAGAGGCGCUGGACGGAGCGAACCAGGACUUGGACGACGAAUGGAUGUAGGGACCAGGGGACGGCCGUACAUGUACCCGCAAAGAACAGCAGCAGGCGGCGGCCCGGGCGGUCGCGAUCGGACUCGCUUGUAGCCGUUGUAGUCUCCGACAGGAUGAAACCGGCGGGGUCCUUUGCACGUCCCGUCUCCAGUGCGAGCUUCCUGCCCUCAACGAUGCUUUGGCGUCUCGUUAGCAUCGAGUGCAUGUGCUGGAGGCCAGGCAUUUAAAACGGACACCCUGCUUUUCUCGUCCUGUCAGUGACUAUAGUUCAAAUUCGAUGUAUGUGUAUAUAGAUGGAGAUCCACAAUGGACCAUUUUAUAUCGAACGUUUGGAGGAUAUAAAAUCCUCGAUUGAGUGCGCAUGAGAUUUGCUUUCUUUUGAAUCGGUGCGUGUGAGCAUUCACAAGUUUGACCUAAAUGCGUGGAUUGUAGAUACCAUAUAUUUGCUUAUUGGGCAACUGCGGUGAUGACGCCAGCCAAGUGUAGGGCAUUGAACUGCAAUGCUGUGCCGUUAGUGUGACACUUCCAAAACCACUGUAGGUCUGUUGUUUGGUGGUGAUGCAAAGUGCAUGCAACUAUAUACUGCCAUUGAUGUCUGGCAUCAGCACUAAGAUGUUUCAGUGUGGCUCGAUCGACACAUUUACACUGGGUCUCUGAAAACUUGGUUGUGAAAUUCCUGGUGGGCAUGUACAUGUUCUUCAAUAAAUUGAGUUCCUUCAC